CCCUGCCCUACUCCGCACCCCCCACCUUCCCUCGUCAGUCCGCCCCCCCGGUGCCGGGCGGGGGAGGGGCGGAACCUUCCAUCCGCCGCCGUGGCCGGGCCCGGUCCCAUUACUCGGCGGCACCGGGCAUGGCAGCGGCGGGGGUUCGGGCCCGGAUCGGGGCCGUCGGAAGGGUUUUGCCGGGUCGAUUCUGUGCUGCCCUGGACCGGCUGCUGCCCCUCGGCCCCCGGAGACCCAUCAGCACCUUCUUCAAGGCCUCAGACCUGCAGGUGGAGUUGACCAAUGAGCCGAAGCCCAAGCCGGAGGCAGGGCAGCUGCAGUUCGGGAAGCAUUUCACCGACCACAUGCUCACGGUGGAGUGGGACCGGGACCGGGGCUGGGGCCAGCCCCACAUCAAACCCUUCCAGAACCUGAGCCUGCACCCGGCCUCCUCCGCCCUGCACUACGCUGUGGAGCUCUUCGAGGGGAUGAAGGCUUUCCGGGGCCAGGAUCAGCGAGUCCGUCUCUUCCGCCCGCUGAUGAACAUGGAGCGUAUGUGCCGCUCGGCCGCCCGGGCCAGCCUGCCGCCCUUCGACCAGCUGCAGCUCCUGGACUGCAUCCGCCGGCUCGUGGCCCUCGACCAGGACUGGGUGCCGCACUCGGACAGCGCCAGUCUCUACAUCCGCCCAACCUUCAUUGGCACCGAGCCGUCCCUGGGGGUGUCCCGUCCCGGCCAUGCCCUCCUCUUCGUCAUCCUGUCUCCAGUGGGGGCCUACUUCGCCACCGGCCCCAUGGGCGCCGUGGGCCUGCUGGCCGAGCCACGCUACGUCCGCGCCUGGCUGGGGGGCGUCGGCGACUACAAGAUGGGGGGGAACUACGCCCCCACCAUCCUGGUGCAGGACGAGGCAGUGCGCGCCGGGUGCCAGCAGGCCCUGUGGCUCUAUGGGGACGAUCACCAGAUCACCGAGGUCGGCACCAUGAACAUCUUCCUCUUCUGGACAGACCCACAGGGCGACCUGGAGCUGGUGACCCCCCCGUUGAACGGCAUCAUUCUGCCCGGGGUGACCCGGCAGAGCCUGCUGGACUUAGGGCGCAAGUGGGGUGAAUUCAAGGUUUCGGAGCGCAGCAUCACCAUGGCCGACCUCAUCCGGGGGCUGCAGGAGAAGCGGGUCCGGGAGGUGUUCGGCUCGGGCACGGCCUGCGUCGUCUCGCCCGUGAGCCACAUCCUGUACCAGGGCAAGACCUAUCCCAUCCCCACCAUGGAAAACGGCCCCGAGCUGGCCAAGCGGUUCUGGAAGGAGCUGACGGACAUCCAGUACGGCCGUGUGCCCAGCGACUGGGUGCUGCCCGUCUGAGCCGGACCGGACCUCGCCCGCCUAUUGAUAACGGGGGGGGGCUUUGGUUUUUAACACUCCCCCAGAGCGACCCCCCAGCUGCCCCCCGUGCUCCCCUCCCCCAUGACUGAGACAGAUCCCUGGAGCAGAACCAAACUUGCCCCAUCCCUGGGAUCCCCCCCUGCCCAGUGCCCCCGUCCCCUCCCCCCCUGGGGCCGGUCAGAUCGGGACUGGGCCAACCCCCCCGCACCAGCAUAGCUGGGCCAGUGCAAGGCCUGCUGGGUAAUCCCAGGAGCAGUGCAUUGUGGGAGACCGGAUUGACCAGUUGAAAUGCCUUCUGGGUAAACUAUCCUGUCCUGCAAUUUCUACCCCCCCCCCCCGGCCGGCCAUGCACUGAGACCGCCCGAGGUAGCCGGCCUCCGCUGGGCCUGUUCUGGGCUCCCCCAGGCUCUCAGGCCAGUCUGUGUCCCCGGGGCCAGGCCCACGGGCCCCCCCCUUGCUGCCUGCAGGGGGUCGAAAUGCCCGGCGCUGACCCGAAAAGCUUUUCUAUUAAACUAAAUGAAACCAA